AUGCCUGUAACCUGGGGUUCUGUCCAGAAGAGUUUUGUUCUGAGACUCCUCAGACGACUGUCGUACCGACCGUCUCUGAGUUUCUCCCACCAGCUUGUAGGGCAGGCACGUCUCGAGCAGGGUAUGAACGCUUCGAAGGCCUUUGUUCCUACGCCUGCAACUUUGGCUUCUGCCCUUUGCACGUUUGCCGAUAUACCCGGUGCAACUGGCAAGCCUGUUGGGGGUUUCAAUGAUGAGAAGCUUUGCGAGUUUGCCUGCUCUCGUACCUGGUGUCCUGAUGUUUGCAAGUCAAAUGAGGACGAAGACACGGAAUCGCCAAUCGACCCUAACGAUACCUGCAAGGAGAUCGAUAGAACUUACAGCGAUCUCCCUAUUGAUCGGAAUGGCGAGUACAUGCGCUGGUUGUUGAUGGAGCCUGAGAAUGCAGCAGCGACGGGCAGACAAUACAUCACCAUCGUCAAUCUCACGCCGCACCCUUUCAAGCUCACUUCAACACACAGCUACCAGAUGGACGAGUUCAACUGGGGCGACAUUCCUCCAGGCAAGGCGCGUCAAAAUGUCGCGCACUACACUGGGAAAAUUGGAGCCAACAGUGUUGAUGACAACGGAGAAGCGUACUAUGACAUUGGGAACACUGGCAAAAAGUUUGUCAUACGUGCCACAACUCAUAUACCCGAUACCUAUCCCAGGCGCGUCGUUUAUGACCUGAGCGGGAUGGGCAAGGGCCAGCGCGAGUACAGGGUGCCGGGCCAGGAGGUACCUGUGACUCUUGUCAUCACGGGGAGUGAUUCCUUUGGGUUCAUCACUUCACUAUCACACGGACCGGGAAAUUGGAUGAACUCUAUCAAGGAUACGAUCCGUGACCGGACGGUGGCCAAUGUGGUGAUGCCAGGCACCCACGAUGCGGGCAUGAGCAAGUUGACAGAUGCUCUCCUGUCGGGAGGAAGCGAGGGCAACACACAAACUCAGAUGUUGAACAUAUAUGAUCAACUGCGAGCCGGAUCUCGCUGGUUCGACUUGCGUGUUUCCAGCGUUCAUCAGGUUGUCAACUGUUGCGGCAACUACGACUUCUAG